AAUCCCUCACUGGGGUCCACUGACUUCUACCCAGGGGUUCAGGGCCGCUUUGCCUCUGCCCCUUUGCCCUGUCACCUGCCUUGUGGGGACCCGAGGCGAGAACCUGGGAAUCCGGUAGUUGGAAGUGGAAAUGUUGACAUUCAGGGAUGUGGCCAUUGAUUUCUCUAUGGAAGAGUGGGAAUUCUUGGAGCCUGCUCAGCAGAAUUUGUAUAGGGAUGUGAUGGUGGAGAACUACAAAAACCUUCUCUCUCUGGGGUUAGCUGUCACUAAGCCAUACCUGAUCUCCUUUCUGGAGCAAAGCAGGGAACCCUGGGAUGUGAAGAGUCAAGGGACAACAGGCAUACAUCCAGCUGUGUCUUCGUAUCAUAUUCAAGGAUUUUUAUCAGAGAAGGAAAUAAAACAUUCAUUUCAAAAAAUGAUAAAUCAAAGAUCUGGAAAUUGUGCCUUUAGCAAUUUGCCCGUAAGGAAAGACUGGAAAACUAUUAAGUGUGAAGAUGAGAAUCCCUUUCAUAAUGGACAUCACCAAUGUAUGACAACUGAAAAUAACAAAAACUUCAUUGCCAACAGAGAUCAAGAACAUAUAGCAUCACAGAAAACAUCUGAAUUUAUGCCACUUCAUUUUAGCAGUCCACAGCAGAUUAUUAAACCUACCUUUUCCUAUGCCAAGAGAUGCAGUUUUAACAAACCUGGGAAGGUAUUUAUCCAUACAUUAAUGCAUAGUCAAAGUCCAUGUAUAGAUAUUUGGAAAACUCAUGACAUAUGUAAAGAAAAUGAGAAGGCCUUUAAGAACAGCUCUGCUGUGCAUAAUUACCAGGAUACUCAUAUUGAACCAAAAAUUUAUCCCUGUAAUAAAAUUAUUGAAAACUUUAACUAUGGCUCAAAUCCUAGUAAACAUUUUUCAGAGAAUAUUUAUAGAUAUGAUACUUGUGGGAAGAUUUUUCACCAGUGCUCACAACUUACUACCCAUCAGAAUUCUCAUUUUCAAGACAAACUUUGUAACUGUAAAGACUGUGGCAAAGCUUUUGAUGAUGACACUACCUUUAAUCAACAUCAGAGCAUUCAUAUUGGAGAGAAGUCCUACAAAUCUAAAGAUAAUGAUAAAGCCAUUAAAUAUUGCUUAACCCCUACAGAACAUCAGUUAGUGUUUACUGAAGAGAAAUCUAACAAUUGUAAAACAUCUGACAAGACUUUUAAUCAAACCUCAGCAAUUACUAAGCACCAAACCCUUCAUACUGCAGAAAAAUCCUAUAAAUAUAGAGAUUCUGGCAAUGCCUAUAUUGAGAAGUCCGUAUUUACUCAACACCAGAGAAUACACACUAAAGAGAGAUCCUACAAAUGUAAAGUAUGUGACAAAACCUUUAGCCAAAUUUCACCUCUUACUCAGCACCAAAGAAUACAUACUGGAGAGAAACCUUACAGUUGUAAAGAAUGUGGCAAAGCAUUUAGAUACUGCACAACCAUUAUUCGACACCAAAGAAUUCAUACUGGAGAGAAACCCUACAAAUGUAAAGAAUGUGACAAAGCCUUUAUUCAGAGAUCAACACUUAUGCAACACCAGAGAGUUCAUACUAAGGAGAAGCCCUACAAAUGUACAAAAUGUGACAAAACAUUUAAUCAAACUUCACAUCUUACUCGCCACCAGAGAACACAUACAGGAGAGAAACCUUAUAAAUGUGAAGAAUGUGGAAAAGCAUUUAGAUACUGUACAACCAUCACUCGACACCAAAGAAUUCAUACAGGAGAGAAACCCUACAAAUGUGAAGAAUGUGGAAAGUCCUUUAAUCAAAGUUCAACACUUACUCAACACCAGAGAAUUCAUACAGGAGAGAAACCCUACAAAUGUGAACAAUGUGGCAAAGCAUUUGAUCGAAGAUCAAAUCUUAGUAACCAUGAGAGAAUACAUACUGGAGAGAAACCAUACAAAUGUAAAGAAUGUGGCAAAGCCUUCAAGUAUUGCUCAACCAUUAUUGGACACCAAAGAAUUCAUACUGGAGAGAAACCUUACAAGUGUAAAGAAUGUGGUAAAGCCUUUAAUCAAAGCUCAACCCUUACUAAACACCAGAGAAUUCAUACUGGAGAAAAGCCCUAUAAAUGCACAGAAUGUGAUAAAACUUUUAAUCAAAUUUCUCAUCUUUCUCGGCACCAAAGAAUACAUACUUCCAUGCUUAGAUAACAUCAAAUUCAUGUUACAUAAAAAUCCUCUACUGGUAAAUCUGGAAAGGCCUGUAGCAACUUUUCACUUUAUAAUUACCAUAAAAGAAAUUAUUCUACAGGAAAAACCUACAAAUGCAAAGAACAUGAAGAAGUCUUUCAUGAACAGUCUUCAUUCAACUUAAAAGGAUACAGAUUUUAUUAAAACCUUACAUAUGAAUUAACUGGAGAGACUGAUAUUAUGCACUUUUUUAUUUUGGAUAAAAAAAUCAUGUAAAGUUGUAGAAUAGCCUCUGUUAAUACCUCUAACCAUAAUGUGCAGGUGUUCCUAGGAAUAAGUUAUAAAAAUAGGAAAGUGUGGCAAAUAAGAAAUUUUGUUUAGAGGGGC